AUGGCGGAUAAGAAGGAUUAUGCAGCCAUCGUCGAACUCGAGAAGCAAAUCGCCGACAAUGCGUCAAACUUUCAAAAAUGGAAAAAUGCGAAUGCAUUACAAAGAGGAUCGGUAGAGUACAAUGAUGGUGUCACACGAUUCACAGAUUGGGACCGAGAUCUACGAGCGAGGCUUGCAGCUCAUCAAGGAAUAAAUGUCGAAUCAGGUCCGAAAAGUAUUGACGCAGUGCUCGACGAACUUCUUGACAAAGUUGACUUGACGGGUUUUGCACAAGCGAUCCAAAUCGCCAACACAGCAGAUCCAACCUUCUAUCCAAGUUUGAAUCAAGGAUUCCUAAACUUCAAGAUGAAACCGACAAAACCUGUCUUCCAAAUGACGAGGCCUCAAUAUUAUCCGGCUUUUGCAUCUAGUCCAUAUGCCUAUGCCGCUCCACAAGUUGCACCACCUACUGUACCAGUAUUCAGAACCAUCCCAAGCAACAUUAUCACACUCCAACGACCAGUUUCACCAGUCCGUGACUAUCAGAAAAAGACUGGAGCACCAUUCCGCGACUUCAGCGUCUGA